AGUUUCACUUUUAUUUACGUGUCAACCAGUUUCGAAGCUCACCGUACGUAAAACCGUUUUUCACAAUCUCCGUCGGAGAAACACUCGGAAGCCACCACUACCGUCACCGUCUUUAUCAUGGAACGAGGAGGCGGAGGAACGCUCUCGGAGGUUCAUCAAAACGCGAAGAAACUGUUGCUCAGGUGUCGCGACGGCCUCGAACGCCUCGAGCGUCUCGAGCAUUCUACCUCUACCUCCGCUGCCGUCGCCGGCGUCGAUUCGGAGCUUUCGUUCGCCGUCAAGAGGGAUAUCAACCAGAUCCAAUCCCUCUGCGUCGAGAUGGACCGUCUUUGGCGUUCCGUUGCAGCUAAACCUCAACGCGAUCUCUGGAAAAGAAAAGUCGAACAAAUAGCUGAAGAAGCUGAAUCACUGAAAGAAAGUUUGGAUAAAUAUAACUUAAGGAAUCAGAAGAGGAGUAGAGAAGCUAAAGAGAGAGCGGAACUUCUGGGAAGAGUGAAUGGGGAUUCUGCUCACGUUUUGAGAAUUUAUGAUGACGACGCACAAGCAAUCCAUUCAGUACGCAGUUCUUCCAGGGAGCUUGAAAAUGCUAAUGCGCUUGGGGAGGCCAUCCUUUCUUCAAUACAUGGCCAAAGGGAACGCUUGAAGAGUGCACAACGAAAGGCAUUGGACGUCCUCAAUACAGUGGGAAUAUCAAACAAAGUUCUGAGAAUAAUUGAGAGACGAAAUCGUGUUGACCAAUGGAUCAAAUAUGCAGGAAUGCUAUUGACGGUCGUUUUCUUAUUUGCCUUUGUUUUGUGGAGACGCUGAACAGUCAGAUGUUGGAAAACUUACAUGUUUCCUUCCUACAGUAUGUAUAUGUGAAAAGCAUAUAAAAGUGUGAUACUAUAGGCAAUUUGAAUUAUUUUUUAACUGUGAGAAAUUUUCAAUUCGAAAUAAGUUCAUAAUUCUUUACUUAUAAACUAA